UUUCGAGGGAGUUUUCCAUACCUCCUUCCCCAUGUACUGAGCGAGGGUCUGGGUUUGAGUGUGUGACAUCCUCUACGGCUCAACCCAGAGCCAGACACCCAGGAGGACAUCUCUCAAGAGCUUUCUGGAAGAGCAGUAGCCAUGGCUCCACCCUGGGUGCCCGCCGUGGGCUUCACACUGCUGCCCAGCCUGGGGGGCUUUGCUGGCUCCUACUUUGUGCGCGGGGAGGGCCUCCGCUGGCACGCCACCCUGCAGAAGCCCUCGUGGCACCCGCCCCGCUGGGCGCUGGCUCCCGUCUGGGGCACUCUCUACUCAGCCAUGGGGUACGGCUCCUACGUGGUCUGGAAAGAGCUGGGGGGCUUCACAGAUGAGGCUGUGGUCCCCCUGGGCCUCUACGCUGGGCAGCUGGCCCUGAACUGGGCAUGGCCCCCCAUCUUCUUUGGUGCCCGACAAAUGGGUUGGGCCCUGGUGGACCUCCUGCUCAUCAGCGGGGCGGCGACAGCCACUACCGUGGCCUGGCACCGGGUGAGCCCGCCCGCCGCCCGCCUGCUCUACCCCUACCUGGCCUGGCUGGCCUUUGCAACCACGCUCAACUACUGCGUGUGGCGGGACAACCAGGGCCGCCGCGGUGGCGGGCGGCUCCAGGAGUGAGGCGCCAGCCUGCUGAGGACUGCCCCGCUGCCCGUCGGGUGCCCCUGCUGGCGUGGCCACUACAUGGGCCUGCUGGUCUGUCCGGGUCUCCGCCUAGGGGUCACCAGCGGCUCUGGGGGUGGUCGUCCAAGCCCAGCCACCUCCGGGGCAGUGUCCCGUGCUUUCUGCUGCGCCCUCAGAGCACAGGGCUUGACAAGCCGAGUAAAGUUCUUAACCUUC